AUGGAAACUGGUUUAUUGAGCGGAAAAAUUUUGGAGAAAAAAAAUGUCUCUCAUAACACUAUUUUUUUAAGAUUAAAAGUUUCUAAUGAACUUAAAAAAGAUGAUAUUUCAUUUUUUGUUUACAUUUAUGACGCAAACCGCAAUUUAAAAAGACCAUACACGCCAAUACAAUGGAAUGAAAACGAAAUUUGCUUUAUAAUUAAGAUUUACUUGCGCGAUGGUGUAUCUGAAUAUAUUAGCAAAUUAUCUAUCAACGAUAUCGUCUACAUUUCAAAGCCAACGCUAAAAUUGAAAUAUUCUAACAAAUAUAAUAAUAUAUUAAUGAUAUGUGGUGGAACAGGUAUAACACCUAUGUUACAAAUUUUAAAACAUGUAGAAAAUGUAGAAAAAAUUACUAUCAUUAGUUGUAAUACCACCUUUAAUGAUACUCUAAUUAAUCGAGAUAUUAUAAACUGUGACCUUAAAGUUUGGCACGUUUUCAGCCGAGAAAAAAAAAUCUGCAACAGUGACAAAAAUUAUUUUAUCAAUAGCGACGAAAAUAAUGUGUUUAAAACACAUAUUACAAAAGAAAUAAUUGAGCACGUUACGCAAUCAGAAAAAUUAAAAAAUUUUGAUUUUGUGUAUGUCUGCGGGCCCCCAGGUUUUAUGAAUGCAGUAUCCGGAGAUAAAACUGUUGAUAAAAGUCAAGGGGUGUUAACAGGUAUACUUAAAGAAUUAGGCUACAAUAGUAAUCAAGUUUAUAAAUUUUGA